AAAAGUUACUUUAAACGCCAAAAUAUAGCUCCGGCAAAAUUUUUAAUAACAGCAAAGCGAUUUUGUGUUAGUGAUAAUAAUAAUAAUAAUGAUAAUAAUAAUAAUGAUGAUGCUGAUGAUGAUGCUAAUGGUGGUGAUAAUGAUGAUGAUGAUGAUAGUGGUGCGGAUGAAUAA